GUCCGUUCAAUUCAAUGGAGGAUUAGUAUAGCGUCGGACGGGAAUCGUACAUAGAUUCAUCGUACGCUGAUCAAUUCCGAUGCCCUAACCCAGUCUGUCCUUCUAGAAGCUCUAGCCCGCUUCUUUGCCCCCUCGUACCACCCAAACUCCAAACCCUAGCUUCCUAGCCUACGUGUCCCCGAGCGAGCAUGGAUCGGAUCGUCGGUAGCAAGUACAAGCUGGGCCGCAAGAUCGGGAGCGGCUCGUUCGGGGAGAUAUAUCUCGCCACGCACGUCGACACUUACGAGAUUGUAGCCGUCAAGAUCGAAAACAGCAAAACCAACCAUCCCCAAUUGUUAUACGAGGCCAAACUGUAUAAUGCUCUUCAGGGAGGGACUGGUAUUGCAAACAUAAAAUGGUGUGGUAUUGAUGGCGAAGAAAAUGUUCUUGUUAUUGAUUUGCUUGGGCCAAGCCUUGAGGAUCUGUUUGUUUAUUGUGGCCGGAGAUUCUCACUGAAGACAGUUUUGAUGUUGGCAGAUCAGAUGGUAAUAAGAAGAAACAGUCUUCAUGUCCUUUUUCUGUUUCCUAGUGGUGAAUUGGUGAUAAAGAUAACAAGAAUAGAGUUUUUGCAUUCUAAGGGGUACUUGCACAGGGACAUCAAGCCAGACAACUUCCUUAUGGGCCUUGGUCGGAAAGCCAACCAGGUCUACAUCAUUGACUUCGGACUUGCCAAGCGAUACCGUGACUCAACCACGAAUCGCCAUAUACCCUAUAGAGAAAAUAAAAAUUUGACUGGCACAGCUCGCUAUGCAAGUUGCAACACUCAUCUUGGCAUUGAGCAAAGCCGAAGGGAUGAUCUGGAGUCCAUUGGAUAUGUUCUGUUGUAUUUUCUAAGGGGAAGUCUUCCUUGGCAGGGUUUAAAAGCUGCCACAAAGAAGCAGAAAUAUGACAAAAUAAGUGAGAAGAAGCUUUCAACACCUAUCGAGGUCUUGUGUAAAUCCCAUCCUGUGGAAUUUGCUUCUUAUUUCCACUAUUGCCAUUCAUUGACAUUUGAACAACGGCCAGACUACAGUUUUCUUCGACGGCUCUUUAGGGACCUGUCGGACCGUGAAGGGUACCAAUUCGAUCAUGUCUUUGACUGGACAUUGUUGAAGUGUAAGCAAACCCAGAAGGUGAAGGCUCAACAGCAAGAUCCUGGUGUAAGUAGCAGGCCGGUUGCAAAGAAUAUGGACAAACACCAAGUAAGUGGUUUACAUGCAGCUGAAGCUUCUUGUCAGCUUGAAGCAGAACAACGCCCAGCAAUCAGAAUGCAAAUAAGAUCUACUGCUGAGAAUAGCCGUUCAAAUAAUCGACAUUCUGAUAAAUUGAGAGUGAUUGCUAGCACUGGCGGAUUGCUGCAAUCAACAUCGUUUGGCCAUGCUGGUGCCCCAAGGCAGAAUGUAUCAAUCUCCAAAACACCAUGGCUUGGCGAUCCCAACCCAGGACCUUCAAACCACCUUUAGCACUCAGAUCAGUUAGUCUCGAUGUUCAUGCCGGUCUAUUUAGUAACCAUUGAAACGAAUGUACCAAGUCCAAAAGAAACAUGCACCAUGCAAGAUCGGGAGAGAUUCACAUGUAGACAAAGAACUAAAGGUGGCGGUGGUCGACAGGAAACAUGCAAUGGACCAAGUCCAAAAGAAACAUGCAGCAUGCAAGAUCGGGAGAGAUUCACAUGUACCAGAGAAAAAGAACUAAAGGUGGCGGCGGUUGACAGGAAACAUGCAAACGGCGGUUUUCGCUCCUGCCUUCUAAGUCACCGAUUUCUAGCCCAAACAUUGACAUCCAAACGAGGUGUAAUUAGACAUGACUGUUUUUAAACAAGACUUGGGACUGCCAUGCUGUUAAUCCAGAUGGCUUAAUACUUCUUUCAGUUAAUUAAACCGUGUUAUUAACUAUCUGCCAUGCUUGGGACUUGGGAUUGCCAUGUUGUUAAUCCAGAAUAUUUUCCCUA